AUGUUAGGAAUUUGGGCUGAAGACGACGAAGACAGUAGCAAUGCUCCUUCACCUGCAGCGGCGUCGUUGCGUCCGAAGUUUUCUUCUGGAAUCAACUUUAAACCGUCAAAAGUUGAUUCACCACUGUCAAGAACCCAAUCGCCGCAGUCCAGAAACGAAUCUCCCGAACCUUCAAGCAGUCGACCUGGUCUAGGAGGUGGCUCAGCAACAUCAAGAAGCAGUAGUUUUAGACAAGCAUCAUCGAACUCUCCAGUAGUUAACAAGGAAUUUGCAAAGUUUGCAUCUCAUGGUACUGGGUUUGGUAUGAAAAUGCUGCAAAAGAUGGGCUGGCAAGUAGGCAAAGGUCUUGGUGCAGAAGGUGAAGGUAUUAUCAACCCAAUCGAAACGAAGCAGCGACCUACUCGGAUGGGUAUCGCUUUUAAAGGAUUUGAUGAACGUACAACUCAGCACAAAGAAGAAGCAGCUAGGCGAGGCGAGGUACCGUCUGACGAAGAAAUGGAAGAAGUUACAACCAAGACGAAGAAGCGUAGAGAUGCCUGGAAGAAGGAUGCCCUUACGCCAAGUGUAGAAAAAGAGGAAACUCCCUCCAAACCGAGGAAACAGAAAACUGUGUACAAGACUGCUAGUGAAAUUAUCAAGGAAUCAGCCGCCUCCCAGCCUGUCGCUGAUAAAAUCAUUGACAUGACUGGCCCUGCCGCACGAGAGUUAACCUCUCUUUCUCAGGUUCGGUCUCAGUCCCCAACCAUGUUGGAAACCUCCACAAGACUACCAGAGCUACGACACAACCUUCGUCUGAUAGCUGAUUUAUCUCUUUCUGAUCUGGAUCAUCUGACACGAGAAAAACGUUUAGCGGAAGUUCGAGCGCAAAAUUUGGAACACGAAAGAGAGCAGUUGCAGAAGCGUUUGGAUUCUGACGACGCAGAGAUGAAACGUGUCGAUGAGUUGCAAAGAAUCGGGCGCGAAAUUGAAGCAAUAUCCAAGAGUGCUUUGGCAACUGGUGCUUUCGAACAAGGUGACAUUACAGCAAUGUUUGGCGAGCAUUUCAAGCUACUAGAGACGCAAUACUCUGAAGAAUUCAAGGCAUUUGGGUUGGAUGCUAUGGUUGUAUCGGUUUGGGCUCCUAUAAUGAAGUACGGUUGUGUUCGAUGGGACGUCCUCAGUUCUCCAACCUGGGCAUCUGAUUUGGUAUCUCGAUGGCGACGACUUUUACCGUGUAAUGACGACUUAUCAAGAAACGACGAUGUAAUGGACAUUGAUGGAGGUUUUCAAGGCAAACAAAGAAAUGGAAGGCGUGGCGCGGGGAGCGAACGUACCUUGCUAAUGACCCCCUUUGAGUCGAUGAUGUUCACGAUUUGGCUACCUAAGGUUCGAAGUGCGAUAAACAACACAUGGAACCCUAGGGAAGCAGAUCCCAUCAUCCAUUUACUCGAAGCCUGGUCACCACCUAUCCUCCCACUUUUCAUCUAUGAAAGCAUCAUUGAUCAAUUAAUAUUACCAAAGCUAUCAAAAGCGGUCUCCGACUGGGAUCCUCGGAACGACCCUGUACAAAUUCACACCUGGAUCCACCCAUGGCUUCCCACCCUGAAGGCUUGGCGACUCUCAGCUAUAUUUACAAGCAUUCGACAGAAGCUUUCCGUCAUUCUACGACAAUGGCAUCCGUCAGACGAAUCAGCUCUUCAUAUUUUGGAACCUUGGAAAGAAGUUUGGGAUGCCAAUCCUAUGGAGAAAUUGAUCGUCAAGUCUAUUUUACCCAAACUCACGCAGGUAAUGAGAACGGAAUUUGUGGUCAAUCCCCGAGAGCAGAAUCUCGAUCCAUUGGUAUGGUGCCUGGCAUGGAAGGAUUUGAUCUCACCUGUAUUGACUGGCCAACUGCUUGAUAAUGAAUUCUUCCCCAAAUGGUUGGACGUAUUGUACAAGUGGGUCACGUUGAAUCCUAUGGAUAUCAAUUGGGAUGAAGUAGGACAAUGGUACUCUUGGUGGAAGCAAGUCUUUGCAUCCUAUGGUCUUGACGAUAAUCCGGUUAUCAAAUCAUCAUUCCGUAAAGGUCUGGAAAUGAUGAAUAGAGCCUCAAGCGGUGAGCGCGUUGAAAACCCUGCUGUUGUAGCAGCUCGAUAG